UAGUCCGCAGCGGCGAUACUUUUUGAGACAUAUGUUUGAACUCAUACCAGAAAUCAUGCGGGUGUGAUCACCGUCUGCGCAACUGAUAAGGACUAGCUGACUCCUUUCCCGUAUCAGCUCCUUCCAACUGUCAAUGUUCUGAUAAUAGUUUGAGCGGAAUUUAUAAGCGAUGGAUAUGUCAGAGAUAUAAAGACGGACGCCUACCCGUCAGCCUGUCUAAUACCCUCUUGAUACCCCGUCUGUUCUGUCCCAUCUUCAACUGCAGCCAUGGAUGAAGUCAAAGAGCAGCACAAGGUAGAAACUACUGCCUUGGACUAUGACAGUGGAAGCGCAGAGCUUGUUGCUCAAAAGCCGCUGGGGUUUUGGGGAAAAGUGAACAAUUUCCUGCUGCUGGAUUCGGCCACCGAGGGUGUCUACAGUAACCAUGAUCUUGAUCCGGUCCCUGUUGCUGAGCAGCACUGGAAUAUGAAGGACUAUGCCUUGUUUUGGAUCUCUGAUAAUCUUUCAGUCUCUGGCUUCAGAAAUGCCGCGUCGGUCAUGGAAGAAGGUCUGUCUUGGAAGCUUGCCCUUCUCUGCAUUGCUUUGGCAAACAUCGUGCAGGGUGUAGUGGUAACCAUCAACGGUAUGGUCGGAGCAAAAUACCAUAUCCCUUUCUCGAUCCAGAGCCGAGCAUCGUAUGGCUACUAUCUGUCAUACCUCAUGAUCCUCAUGCGCUGUAUCGUCGGAAUUUUCUGGUACGGUGUGCAGUGCUAUACCGGAGCCGAGUGCGUCCAGUCAAUGUUAUACGCUCUCUGGCCAUCAUUCCGGAACGUGAAGAACCGGCUUCCCGAAUCGGCAAAUAUCACGACCCAGCUGAUGACCGCGUACGUGAUUUACUUCCUGACAUGUCUUCCGUUCCACUACGUCGGAGUUCACCGAGUGAAAUGGCUUUUCAUGCUGAAAUCAAUUACCACUCCGAUCUGCGCGUUUGCAAUCAUGGGCUGGAUGGUGCACCAGGUUGGAGUCGGCCAGACGUCUUUGUUCACUGAGGGAAACACUGUCAAGGGCUCUGCUCUGGCCUGGACAUUUGUUUCCAGCUUGAACUCCAACAUUGGCAGUGGCACGACCCUGAUGGUCAACGCUCCCGACUACUCGCGCUAUGCUCGCAAAAAGUCAGAUACUUUCAUCACGAUGUUUGCCGUUCCGUUCACAGCCACCGUGAUCACCGUCAUCGGUGUCAUCGUCGCCGCCGGAUCCAAGAUUCUCUACGGCGAGAUUCUUUGGGAUCCGCUUGAGGUCAUCAACAAGUGGACGUCUUCCGGUGGCCGCGCGGCAGCUUUCUUUUGUGCUCUUAGUUUUUACUUCUCCCAGGUCGGUUUGAAUAUUGCUGCCAACUCGCUUGCGGCCGCAAACGAUCUCAACUGUAUUUUCCCGCGGUAUAUCAAUAUCCGGCGCGGUCAGUUUAUUGCCGCGUUGCUGGGUUCUUGGGCGCUUACUCCAUGGAACAUUUUGACCUCUGCGAGUGGGUUCUUGAAUUUCAUGGGUGGCUACUCGAUCUGGCUUGGCCCGCUACUUGGAAUCCUGCUCUCAGACUACUACUUUGUGCAUAAUCGAAAGUACGACAUUCCCGAGCUAUACAACUUCAACGGUCGAUACCGCUACAUGAACGGUUUCAACUGGCGCGCCUUCCUUGCGUUCUUUAUCGGCUGGGUCCCGCUUCUCCCUGGCUUCAUCCCCGUUAUCCAGGGCGGCAGCGUGACCUCGGAAGGCAUCUCGCAUCUGUACGAGGUCGGAUAUUUCUACGGCACGGGCAGCGCGAUGUUGUCGUACUAUGUGCUGUGCAGGUUUUUCCCGCAGGAGGAGACGUAUAUCGAGCAGGGAGUGUGGGCUACCGAGUCUGUGUUUCCGGAUGGGAUUAUGAGUGAGGAGUUUGAGGUUGAGGCGGGUGCGGCGAUGGGGAAUAUGGGGAAGGUGUAGUUAGCUCGUUCUGUUGUUUGAACCUGUUUAUUGCUCGUACUUGAUAAUGUAUGCUACUUUCUAUAAUAAGCACCCCCAAAUCAUUAACGACGAGAUAUUGUGGGGAGGAUAUCGAUCCAAGUCAUUUCUGCU